UUUGUUGUAGCAACGAAGCUUAGAUACGUUCCUUGUAGGUGUAGACUUUGCCAUGUAGCAGUCAGGCAGUCCCCCAAGUAUGUUGACACGUUGAUUUGCAGUUUGUUCGCAAGUACCAGUUUGACAUACAUUUACACAAUACAAGCGACCAGCAGAACAUGUAGAGGAUGAUUCCUCUCAACGUUUUCCGUGGAACAUUUACCAUAGUUGUGUUGCUGAUCGCCUGUGUCCCAGCUAACUGCGAUUCCAGUGUAAAAUGUCACACACCUGAGGCAACGCUUUCAAAGGAGGCCAGUCUCACCUGUUAUUUCCCGGAGGACAUCAGCGUGUCCAAGAAAGAUUUCACUGUAUAUCACUACGUCAAGCAUGGCCUUCCAGACAGUGUGGUCGACUGCUUUUGGGUCCGUGGAACAUUGCAGUGUCUAGUCCGGGAUGGGUUCAAGUUCGACAAGGUCGUCACAGACCACAUGACUGUCCAGAUACCCCAUGCAGUCGAGAAACACUCGGGGAAAUAUACUUGUCAGAUGUCAGGGAACGCAGCGUCUGACAUCGCACCCUGUCAUCUUCAUCUCAAGAAAGACACCACGGUCAAAUGCCACAUUUCGAAGGAGCAGACCUUGUUCUGUCACUUUCCAGAAGACAUUAGUCAGACCAAGAAAAACUUCACUGUACAUCGUCACGCUGAUCACCAUGAUCCAGAAACUGUGCUCCACUGUUUUUGGAAUCGUGAGAAAAUGAACUGCACUGUUCUUGGUGGUUUCUUGUACGACCAUGUCGUCACACACCAGAUAAGCCUCCGGAUACCCAUGCCACACAUCCCCGAGAAACACGAGGGAAAAUAUACAUGUCACAUGACAGGGACCUCAGAGUCUGACAUUGCACCAUGCCACUUUAAUCGAAGUACAGGUUUACCGCCAAACAAAAGUUCAGAAAGGAUCAACGAUCAUCCAAUCUUUAGUGGUCAUUCUUCAGGAGGUGACCCGUGGAGCAUGCAGAAGGCUAUUUUGUUGGUAAUACUUGUCUUCCAUAUCUACCUUGUUCAAGAACUAAUCUUGAAUUAAGAACUGCAUACCACACGACGGACAUUUGCCCAUAAUGAAAAAGCUGCUGGGUGGCGAGCGACGAGAAUGUGAAGCUGGCAAUGAAGUUUCUUGUCUACAUUCUAACCAAAGCCAGGACAUUAAACUUAUUAUUUUUCCGAGACGUGCAGCCAAAUGUUUUUCCAUUUUCUGUAUAUGUAUAAUUUAUAUGAUAAGCAAAAGUGUGAUAUUUUAACAGGCAAUAUCUCCAAAAGAUUAUGAAUUUGUACUUUACUUUGUGAAAAAGUAUUUAUGCAGCAUACAGAAUAUUAUUUAUUUGUACCCUUAUCACCUUUUAUUAAGUUUUGAUUAUUUGUCACUUGAAAGCCAGGGCUUAAGACAUUACAAAUAUUAACAGUUCAAAAACAAUUCCGUCCACUUAUACCUAUUACAGCAAUUAAUAAUUUUGAUAACAAUUCCGUCCACUUAUACCUACUAGUGCAAGUAACAGUUUGAAAAGAAUUCUGUCCACUUAUACAUAGUUUAACAGAUGAUAUUUAUUUGAUUUAUUGAACAGUUAAUCUUUACAACUUUAUUUGCUGUUGCGACCUUUUAAAAAUAAAAAAUACAAUAUUUUAA